AACUCUGAAUACGAAUUGUAAGGGGCGUCCGAAAAUAUGAAAAGAGGCUAAUAACAGACUGAUAUAUUUGCCUUUUUUUUUACGAAAUCCGGAAAAUGGCUGAAGAAAAUCGCAUGUGCAACAGUUUGUUAACUUGGGUAAGCGAUCAAAUCAAUUCUAGAUAUAACAAUAGUAUUUUAAUAGUUAUUCUAAGCCAAAAACGAUGGAACAUUUUCCGUUUUUGUAAUAAUAUUUGGAUUUUUUCGUAAGCUGCAAGGUAUCGCUUACAUAUUGUAAGCAAAUACGUAAUAUUUAAUAGUGACGAAACUUAAUGAUUAGGACGUUAAGUCUGCUUGCAAACGAAACAAAUAUUGUAAUCAGAAUUAUUAACUUUAUUCAAACUAGAAAUGACAAAAAAACUAAUCUAUUAAUGAUAUCGCUAUAGCAGUCUCAACAAACUUUUUGUUUAUAAAGGCUGCCAAUUAGUUAGUUAAAUUUGUAUAAGAUAUUUACCCAAGCGAUUCAUCAUUUAAAAAUGUUACUUUCAUACCCAAAAUAUUAACAGAUGAAAACGUUUAACGUUCGCCAAUGUGAUUCUAUUGAAGAACUAACAAAUGGAGUCGCAAUGUCACAAGCUCUUUAUCAAAUCGCCCCUGAAUUCUUUAACCAUGCAUGGCUCUCCAAAAUCAAACCUGAUGCAACUAACUGGGGCCUGAGAGCUAACAAUCUUAGAAAAGUCUAUCAAGGAAUUAAAGAUUAUUUUGAGAUGAAUGACGAUGACAUGAACAGCACCGGAGAUAUAGAUGUUAAUUCUCUUGCUAAGGAAUGUAAUGUUGAAUCUUUGAUUGGAUUUUUGCAAUUGAUUUUAUACUGUGCAGUAAACUGCGAUCAGAAGGAAGAGUAUGUAGGUAGAAUAAUGAAAUUGGAGGAAAAUGUGCAGCAUGAUGUCAUGAAAGCAUUGCAAGAUUUAAAUGCCAAGGCUGAAGCAGCAAAACCACAAGAUGCUGAUUCUAAUGACAAAAUAAAAAAAGAAAUUGAAUAUUUAAAGUCACGUCUGGCGGAGUAUGAAACAAAAUGCAGAAAACUUGAUACUCAAGUAACAGAACUGCAGGAAGAUAAACGUAGUUUAGAAGAUGAGUUGUCAAGUGUUAAGGAUAGAUUCAACAAAACCCCUAAUUGGGAGGAUCCUUCGAGUCCAGCCAAUAUGAAAAUUAGGACUCUGCAGAAUCAAGUAGAAAAAUUAGAGGAAGAUGCUUUCAAAUUCGAAAUGCAGAGAGACGAAUUUAAAACAAAAAGUGAAACCCUAGAGAAGCAAUUGAGUGAGAAAGUUGAAAAACUAAAUAUCUUGACUGAUGAAACUUUACGAAUGAAAGACGAAUUAGAUAUCUUAAGAAAUAAUCAGCAUAAAAUGGCCAAGUAUGAAGCAUCCAUUGAAAGCUACAAGAAUAAAUUAAAGGAAUUAAGCGAUUUAAAGAAUCAGAAUAAGGAAUUAGAAGAAAAGAAUGCUGAUUAUAUGGAAAAUAGCUUAGAAUUGGAGAAUGAGUUGCGAAAAGCUCAAAGUUAUAAGAAUCAGCUUGAAGGAUAUAAAACUCAGGUUCAUGACAUUCAAACAAAAAUAAUAGACGAAACAAAACGAGCUGAUAAGGCUGAAUUUGAAUUAAAAAGAGUAUCUGAAAGAAUAAACUUAGUUUCUAAUGAAAGAGAUCGUCUUAAAUCAGAAAGAGAUUCACUAAAGGAAACAAUUGAAGAACUGAACUGUGCUCAAGUACAACAAACUGUCUUGUCUCAAAAUCCCCCACCAGAUAAUUUAAGUCACAUAUCACAAAUAUCCAACUCUGAUUCUUUCUGUCAUGAUUCUGGGAAUCAAGACUCUAUUAUGGAUCCAAAUUCAGAUUUACCUUUGGUUGGUUUACCAUUAGCAAUUAAAGAGCGCCUGCGUCGGCUUGAGCAGGAGAAUAAAAUGCUAAAAGUAAGCGUAAAAGAAGGCGAAGAGAAAGAGCUUAUCGCCUCCCAGUUAGAAGAUGCAAAUAAACGCGUUAAUGAAUUAGAGAAUGAUGUCAGAACAGCAAAUAAAACAAUAUGUGAGUUGCAAUGUGAAGUGAAUGAUAUGAAAUAUGCUCAGGAGAGAGAAACAACACAUAGUGAUAAAGAUUUCUCUGUUUUGAAAAACGAGCUUAAAUCAGAAAGAACCAAGAACAAAGAUUUAAAUGAAAAAAUUACUGAACUUCAAUCUAAAAUAGAGGAAAGAGAAAGCGAAGUGACUGCUAAACCAGAGGAAGUUCAAAGCCUUAAAGAUGUUGUUCAAGACCAGCAGGCCCAAAUACAAAGUAUGGAAAGUCGAUAUCAAAUGUAUCUGGAAAAGUGUAGAAAUUACAUCAUACAAAUCGAUGGAAAAAAUAGGCCACAGAACAACGAAGUUGCUUUACUAAAAAAGCAACUUGAAGAAAAGAAUAAACUUAUUGAAUUUAUUGAGAAGGGAAAUGAGAAAAAUAGAGAAGUAAGGGAAUUCGAGGAAAAAGCAGUAGCCAGUGCAUGGUAUAAUUUGUCAUUGCAGCUUCACAAAGAAACUGCAACAGAGCGCUUAUCUAAUGCAGUAAUAGGACAAUCAUUUCUGGCUCGUCAACGAAAUACUUGCACCAGAAAAUCUCUCCAGUCUUUGCAGAACCCCAGAUAA